UGGCUUUUUCCCCCAAACACAUUGAAACACAAAACCAAAAUGGCUGGGGUUUGGGUGUUCAACAAUGGUGUUUAUCGGCUUGAAAGUGGAGCCCGGAGACGGGUUUUGGAGCACUUACCAUCGGGUGAAGUGGUGGCUUCCUACUCGUCCUUGGACCGGAUUUUGAAAGGUUUAGGGUGGGAGAGGUACUAUGGGGGUGACCCUGACCUCUACCAGUUCCACAAGCAUUCUUCCAUUGAUCUCAUAUCGCUUCCUAAAGACUUCUCCAAGUUCGGCUCCGUUCACAUGUAUGAUAUCGUCGUUAAGAAUCCCAACGUCUUCCACGUGCGGGACAUGUGACUGUCACACAACUCAUCAUCAUUCAUCAAAGCUCUCUCUAUGUGUAUAUUAAUUAUGUAUCAUGCAUGCAUUACGACUCUCUCAGGUGCUUUCGAUCUCGUCUGUUAGGGGAUUUUUAUGGUUAGUAUAAUAUUACCGCAUGCUUAGGAUUUUAGUAACUUGCUUGCCAUGGUGGUUGUGCGGGGCGUUACAUGAAGCUGCCAAGGCAAUUGAAAAAGAAUAAAGACAACUACUGUUUGUACUAGGCUUGUAUGAUGGAUUGCCUUUUGUU